AGGGAGUUGUUGAUCAAUGAGCCAAUGGUGGGUUUCAAGGGGCGGCUGUUUUUCAUACAGUACCUACCCAAGAAGCCCACCAAGUGGGGCAUGAAGGCCUAUGUCUUAGCUGACAGCUGUACGGGAUACGUAUACAACUGGAGGCUGUACACGGGAAAGAUGAAUCGUUGGAUCUGGGAUAGCGCAUGCAAUUGUUGUGGUAUUGCUGAAAGGCCUGGAGGGCAGAGGUCACCAUGUGUACACGAACAACUACUACAGUGGUCAUGCUCUCUUCUCCGAACUACGUGACCUUGGAUUUGGGGCAUGUGGAACUGUCUGAGUCAAUCGUCGCGGGCUGCCACCUGAGAUGAAGACAACACUUGCAAAUGGGAGAUACCAUUUCAGCGCAGGUGGACGAAUCAAUGAUGGCUCUCAAGAGGAUGGACAAAAGGCCAGUGUCAAUGCUCAGCACCAUCCACGACAACUCCAUGACAACAAAGGUUCGCCGCACACGUCGGGCUGUGGGAGGGCAAGAAAAACUCAGAAAACCAGUUGUCGUGGAGCAGUACAACAAGUACAUGGGUGGAGUGGAUCGUUCCGACCAGCUCCUUUCCUACUGUGACUUUAGCCACAGGACAGUGAAGUGGUGGAAA